AUGGCUACCGAGAAACCGUCAAUCGUACUCAUCCAAGGCUCCUUCCAGACCCCCCUUGUUUACGCCAAGUUAGCAGCGGGACUUCGCGACCUAGGAUACCCCGUCAUUCACCCAACCCUCCCCAGCUGCACCGACGUAGAGGCCGACGACUUCCCUACCCGCACAAUGGAAGACGAUGUGCGCACCAUCACCGAAACCCUACAGCAGCUAAUCGAAAAAGAGGAAAAGUCCGUCGUCGUUGUAAUGCAUUCAUACGGUGGCAUUGUGGGCAGUACGGCUAUUCUCCAGUCCCUCGCCUAUACUUCCCGUCAAGCAGAGGGCAAGAAGGGCGGUUUUUUACAUCUUUUCUACUAUGCUGCCUUUGUUCUACCAGAGGGCACAUCCGUCAUAUCAACAUUUGGCGAGUCGCCGAACAAUUAUGUGACCUCGGACGGCCGCUUCCGUAUCAUGAACGGGGCCAAAACUCUGUACAGUGAUCUCCCGGACGCCGAAGCAGCCCUGUGGGAAUCGCGCCUCAUUCCGCAGUCUUACUUGGUACAAACCACGCCCACCACUCGGGCGGCGUAUGAGUAUCUGCCAUCUACCUAUCUCAUCUGUGAGGGUGAUCAGGCUGCACCGGCUACAUUUCAGGGCGGGUUUGCUAAGUUGGCCCGGGCGGAGAUUGAUCGCUGUAGCGCGGGUCAUUCGCCGAUGCUGAGUGAGCCGGAGAUGUUGGUGGGGAAGAUUGCGGCGGUGGUUGAUAAGGCGGUUGCGGCGUCUGUUUAG